UCAUUUGAGGUAAGCGAAGUGGACGCGACUGACAGUUUUACGCUGGAAGCGCCAAACCGGAAGUGUUUUGUCAUCCUCCAGCUACCUUGUCUGGCAGACACCGACAUUCAGCGUCAGCCACUCACAGCCAAGCUGCCUCACAGUGCGACGCACGCAAGGAUGGAGGACGUGCUCGUCGGGCCGUGAAGAAAGCGUAUCCCCGCGGAGUGGAAAGACGUCGGGUGACCAAUGAGCACGUUCGAGCACGAAUAAGAGGACCUCUCGAAGCCGCAUUGUGUCCGCCAGUCGUCGUCGUCAUGACACCCGUCCCGCACUGAGCCUCUCCUCAGUGGGUUGGCAUGGCCCAGUGAUGAACGGAGCCUCGGUGCCCGGUAGCCCGGAGCUCUCCUCCUCAUGCCCACUGCCUGACUGGCGAGAGUUCUGCGAACUCCACGCGCGAGCCUCCGCCGCAGACUUCGCCGACAAGUUCCAGCGCUUUCUGUCAGAGAACCCGUGCUACGAUUCGCCAGGCGCCGACGCCAGCUUCUCUCAACACUUUACCCAACACUUUUUGGAGUGCUUCUCGGCGGCUUUGAGCCAGGCACGGGAGAACCAGGCAUCCUCCCUGGGGGAGGACGGCUUCAACGUCGCACCCAAGUACAGCAUCGUUCCUUUCCUGGGGAUCCAAGGCUGCCCUUUGUCCUAUAGCCACGAGCUCUACCAGAGACGCAAGGACGCCGGCGCUUCCAGCGAAUCCCUGGACAGCAUGGACAGCGGAGGGGGCGGCAUUGAACGCGGAGGAGGCGGCGCUACGGCCGGCGCCCCCGGACCGCAGCCCGCGCACAAGGUGUCCGCCCUGGGUCAGUCCCGCAGUUCGGAAGACGUGUCAGUGAGCCACCCCAAAGCGCGCUUCAAGAAGGGCUUCUCGCUGAGGAACAUGAGCCUGUGCGUGGUGGACGGGGUCAAGGAGAUGUGGCAUCGCCGUGCUUCCCCAGAGCCUGACGGUCCCUCCACGGCCAGAAAGUCGAACGGCAGUGGAGCUGCUGGAGGGGAGAUCACGGCAGCAGUAGGGGGAGAGAAGUGGUCUCAAAAGCUACGACUACCAAGAGGCUGCCAGGGCCACAAGGCCGAGAUGCUCGAGAUCCAGAGGGAAGGGGCGCUUCGGUACAUGGUGGCCGAUGACACCAACUGCAUGGGCGCUGCACAGUGGCAGAAGUGCCGCCUGCUCUUAAGGAAGAGCAAGAGGGACGAAGGCGCUGACAGGUUCCUGCUUGAGUUCUACGUCCCGCCCAAGUCUUCAAAAGCGAAGGUGAGCAUCCCUCUGGCAGCCAUUGUGGAGGUGAGGACCACCAUGCCCCUGGAGAUGCCUGACAAAGACAAUACGUUUGUCUUAAAGGUGGAGAACGGAGGAGAAUAUAUCCUGGAAACUAUCGACUCGCUGCAGAAAAACUCCUGGGUUGCUGACAUCCAGGACUGCAUAGACCCCGGGGACAGCGGCGACGACAUUGAGCUGGCGUCGUGUCCCCACGGUCAGGCUUCAUCCAAAGACUGCUCCAUGGUGACCUCCUGCAGCUGCGAGCUGCUUUCUGAGGGUGUGUACCGAGCUCCGGAGAGGUUAUGCGCCGCAGCGGCAGAGCAUUACAGUGCUCCCUCAGUGCGUUGCAGGGAACCCCCCUUCACCCAGCAUCCAUCCCACAUGCCUUUAGAGCGCUUCCUGCAGUCCCCAGAGGCCCAGGGCUCCAACGCUCCAACAGGCAAUCAUUUCUACACUUCCAUGAUCAUGAUGACCAAAAUCCCGUUUGCGGCUCGGUGGGUGCUGGCGGGCGGAGCCAGGAGCCACGGGCUGUUUGUGAUCCGCCAAAGUGAGACGCGGCCCGGCGAGUACGUCCUCACCUUCAACUUCCAGGGCAAAGCCAAGGUAAGAAAAACAGAUGUGAACGUGCCUCCGCUCGUCACCCCUCCCAGGGGAGACGCAAGCUGCCGCCCGGACUCCGCCCCCCACCCUCCCGGGAUCUCGCCCUCUUCCGGGACCACCGCCGACGCACCCCUCUCCUCAAGUACCUCCUCCUCACCCACCGCCCUGCCCUCCCUCUCCCGCAGCGACCCGGGCACCGGCGGAGGCUUACAGAGCCGCAGCAACAGUUCGGAGCGCCUGCUGGAGGCCUCGGGCACCGCGUCCGAGGACUACCACGACGCUGACGGGACCCGACGGGCCCGAGCCGUGGAGAACCAGUACUCUUUCUACUGAGUGACCCCCGGGUCAACGACCACGAAAACGCUCCAAAUCCGCCGCUCUGUUUGUUUGUGUUUCAACAGCAAUUUCCUGUUUCUCUUGAUUUGAGAAGGGGCGGCUUUUCCGUCGGGUUGUGCAGCUGCGCUUCGUUUCGUCAAAGCGUAAUGAGGCAUGACAAAGGGCUACGCUUAGACGACACUCGCAGAGGGGCCUGCAUGAAGGAAAUAAAAGCGGCGAGGAUGUGUGUAGGCAGAAAGAGCAACAGGAAGUCAUCCCGCUCCACUCAUAUGGCUUUGAUUCAACUCAUCUGACCGCUUCCUUCUUGAGAUCCGACUGAAACGAGCCCACGUAGCAAGGCUCCGGUCCAUGUUUGCAAAGCUGCUUCGAGUGCAUCCGGGUUAUAUACCGCAUUUCCCCUGAGGAGUCUCAGCUCUGAGCCUGCCGCACAUAUGAGAUAGAGUUGGAAGACGAAAGAGGUGUCAUGGAGGGCCUAUUUAUGCUGCAUUCAUAUUCUAAAAACGGUUGGGUGAAAAAAUAACCCAAUUACGGGUCACAGAGGGACUGACUGCUACUUGGGUCAAUUUGACUCAAAUUGACUCUUUUUUUUUGUACAAAAUAAUGACAUGUUUGGUGUUUUGUGCAAAAAAAAUAAAUAAUUGUGAUCGGUCCCUUUGUCACCCGUAAUUGGGUUAUUUCUGACCCAAGUACUUGUGGGAAAUUGGACAUUUUGAACUGGAGGUUUUUUUUUGUUUUUUUUUUGACAACGCAAGCUACACAAAUAUCAAUUUUUGACAUUUUAAUUGUUUUUUUUUUCUUAAGUGUGAGGCCCCACAAAUAAUGCGGACAAAAAUCAGCAUUCGUGUUUUAUGGGGAGCACUUUGGAGGAGUGAUGAGCACAUCUUCCACACAGUUCGGAAGUUCAGGGUGCCAACAUUUUUAUAGGAUGCUUUUUUUUGUUACAAAGUACAGUACUGAGUAA